AUGAGCAGCAAGAUAUUCCGUAUCUUCAACCCUGGAGAGGCCAAGAAAGAUCCAGUGGAGAAGCGGCGAGCACAACUUCGAAGUGCUCAACGGUCAUACCGUGAUCGUAAGGACAAGUACACCAAGUCGCUCGAACAAGAGGUCGAAAUAGCCCGAAAGAGAGAAGCUGAACUUAUGAUCCGAUGCGAGCAGUUGUAUGCUGCUCUCGAAUCAUUAACAAAACUACUUUCUCGCUAUGGAAUCGGCGUUCCUGCGGCUUUCGUGGAUAACUUUAUCAGCAAAAAUGACGGUGAUAUGCAUACCCACGCGGAAUUCUAUACAGCGGCUGACAAUGUUGUCGAUGACCUUCAAACGGCAAAAGACGCCCUUUCGAGUCGCCAAUACACCGAAAAUCAAGAAACGGACUUGCCGUGGUUGAAGACUAACAGAGCGGUUACCAUGCAUGACUGUGAAGACAACCGAAUGUGCGAGGUUGACUUGAUCGCAGCAGGUAUGGAGUUUGUUCUAAGGCUCGAAAGUCCUUGUCUGGAGCAUAUUCAUGGUAACCCCAAGAACCCUGAGGACUCAACGGGUCACAUGUUAACAGUAUCGGCGCGAACUCUAUCGAUACAUACAGACCCGUCUCGACCGAACGAAAAGGGUUGUGCUGGUCCUCCGUCGUACCAAGGCGCACCCCGAGAUAUCUUGGAACGGAUCCUGGCUCUCUCUCCCCACGUUUGCUUCGACGGGGAGAUGACGCCAGCUCAAGCGUGGGAGUAUAUACGUAGCCAGCCUCACUUUGGUGGCAUUGAGCUGCGGAGAUUAUGGGCGCUUGCUGAUAGAUUAAUGGAGGGCAUCAAAUGUCAUGGGUGA